CAUGAACCACUGCCAGAAUGUCAAACCCAAGACACUGUAUAAAAGGAAGCACAGAUGUAGUCCUCGGUAUCAGACACUACAACAGCAAAGAUGGCAUUGGCUCUUCGCUCUCUCUUCCUCCUUUGUGGGUUGACUGCACUGUUGACAGGAGUCGGCUCCUUCCCUUCCAAAAUUUUCAAAGACGUGAGCUGUCCUGAAGGAUGGACACAGGUGGACUGCAAGUGUUAUAUCUACCAAGAUGAAGACAGGGACUUUGCAGAUGCAGAGGCCGUUUGCAACAUUCUAGGUGGCAAUAUGGUCUCCAUUACCAGUGACUUGACGAAUGCGGUUGUGCAACAGCUGGGUAAUGACGCUGAUCAAGUCUGGAUUGGACUUUAUGAUAGCAUUGAGGAGGGAAGCUACUUUUGGACUGACGGCACAAACAAUGAUUACGAUAACUUUGCUGAUAUGCAACCUGACAGUACAAGUGGUGAUUGUGUAGAGAUGGAAACAUCAAAUGGAGAAUGGAACACUGAUGAUUGCACUAGCGCUCGUGCCUAUGUUUGCAUUAGGGAUGCUGGCCACUAGGUCAUUCUUCUUGGAAUCCUGUCUUCUGUCACAAUAGAGUUCCUUGAUCAUGACGACUCAGCGGCGCGAUAACGACCUUUAAGGGUGUCCUUGUGCUUUAGGGUUCAAUAUAAUCUCUCCUUUUCUUCCACGAAUCUCAAUUGUAAUUGAAAAGAGUAAUAAUGUGUCACC